GCCGCCGGAAGUCAAUAUUUCGUCUGCUUAUUGCAUCCGGCAAGACUGAAAAGAAAACAAUGCCUCUAGCCCGUGCACAAAAAAGGAAUAUCGGUGGUUCUCCAAAACAGCAAAAACAACAUACAAAGUCGAAGAUAGGUCUAGACGAUCAUGAUGAUGACGACGAAAUGGAAUCCAAGGAAAACAGUCCGGACAGUAGCCCUUCAAGAGACGAAACUCCAAUCAUUCCUAGACUGGGAAAGAAAAGGGGAGCUGAAGACCAUGGAGAGUUCAACAAUGAAAUGCAAAAGAUGCUGGAAUGCUUUGGAGCUGACAUUACAAAGACUUUAGUCAAUAAAAGAAAACGUCUUGAACAAUUCACUCAAAAUUCGCUGAAGACUAGCAAUAAAAAAGUUGAAGAAAUCUGGAAAAUGCAGCAAGUUGAAAGAGGCAAGCUGCACUCCGAGUACUGUAGACAGGUAACCACUGUGUUCAACCAAUGGGAAGCUGAUCUUGAGAAGACAAAAGAGCAAGAGGAAAAACUUGUGACUCUUUUCAAGCAGCAACAAAAGCUUUUCCAGCAGGCCAGAGUGGUUCAAAGUCAAAGACUUAAGACUAUCAGACAGCUUCAUGAACAGUAUGUAAAGGGAAUGGAUGAUCUGGGAACAUGCCACAACUCUCAGCAGUCAACUGUUCAAACAGAAUUGAAGAAAGAAAUGACACUUUUGCAGAAAAAAAUUCUGAUGGAUACUCAACAGCAGGAAAUGGCCAAUGUGAGAAAGUCACUCCAGACGAUGCUGUUUUAAAACCGUGGAAUAUGGUUCAAGCAAAGUUGACAUGCAUUAGCUAGGUACACGGACUAUAAUAAAUCAUGCAUUUGGCUGAAUGCUUUUU